GUGCGCUUUGAUAACAGAAAAUCUCACCGGAAAACUGAAAAUUCCAUCAAGUUAAAAGCAUUUUCCUCAUCCGUGAAGUAAACUGCCGUUUUUGCGAGUGGAAAUCGAUUAGAAUAGAUUGGUGCAGUAAUAUGAAAGCUUGAAUAGGGUACGACAACAAAAACAACCAUGACUCAAACCGUAGUCGAACUUCACUGGUUUCCCAAGUAUCCGGAUCGAUUCCUCACGGCAGCCGGGUCGGAAAUCAACCUUUACCAAGUGAAGCAUCGAGAUCUGAUCGAUCAUGGCAUUAAUACCAGUGAGUUGCAUAUAAACUUGAACAUUUCGAAAAACACCACUGCCACGCUGAUUGCCUUCGAGACGCGCUAUCAGUUCAUCCGGUCGGUUGCACCGUCCUACCACUCGACGGGGGAGAUUCUGUUCGCAACUGGGCUGCCAAAUGGAAAGGUGGCACUGUGCAAUUUCGCCUCCGAGAAUAAUGUGGAAUUUACACCGAGAUUGUCGCGUCCGUGCACAUGUCUCGCAUGGAGUGAGCUGGAACCAAGUCUGCUGGCAAUGGGACACGAUCGAAAUCGUUCGGAUCACUGCAUCACCAUCUGGGAUACGGAACGGGGCGUUCCGAAUCAGUCGUCAAUCCUUCAACUAAUCGGCCUAUCGGAAACGGCACAUUCAAUCUGCUGGGAUAAGACUUUCCCGCAGGUCAUGAUCGCCGGGAUGAGUCACAAGCAUAUUAAGAUGAUGGAUUUCAGACAAAAUCCCGCGAUUGUAACGGUGGCCAACGCCCGCACCGUCAACGGAUUGUGCAUCGCUCCGAACGGUCGCUACCUAUCCAGCUACGUAGACAACGUCAUCAAUUUGUGGGAUUUGCGUUCGCUCGAUAAACCCAUCAGUCAGAUUCAGAUGCAGAAGAACAUUACCCACCUGUCGUGGUGUCCAACGCGCUCUUCUGUUCUGACCACGCUGCAACGAGAUUCACCGCUUAUCAACUUGAUCGAUCUACACUGGCCCGGCUCGGAGAUGGACGGCGGAGAUCCACACUCGAUCAAGCGGUUCGUUUCCCCCUUUCAAGCACGAACCGGGAAUCGAAUGCCUACCAUGGGCUACCUUUCGUGGCAUCCGUUCGAUUUGGAACGAAUGUUGGCCCUAUCCGGAACGGGGACCAUUUGCGACUACAGAAUCCCUCAGCGGGUAGCAAUCUCAUGGGACAAUAAUAACAAUCUGUACGGCAACAACGGGAACGAGCUGCAGCAGUUUACAUCGCCUUCCCCACCGACGUCUCCUACAGAUUCGUUGAACCAAUGGGACUGUGGAAUCGAUAGCUACGAGGAAGACAUCGCUGAGACAAUCCAGAAAAGGGCACUAAACAACUACGGACUGACGGCGGAGAUGCAUCGUAACGGCGAUCUCGCUGGGAAUGCAAAUCUGCGAGGAGUUUGGCGUCUGCUCAGUCACAUGAUCAAAGAAGAUUGCAAACUCGGUUUGAACACUAUCCUUGGAGUUUGUAGCGCACCGGAUGGGCCGGCAAUGUCCCGCUCGGAUCCGGUCAUGAUGAAAUGGCUCGAUUUCAGUAUCGGAAGCGGCCUGGUAGUUUACCGAAGCGAACACCGAGACACAGCUCAGCUGCUUUGCGGAUGGACAUUCGAUCGGAGCAAGGAGUCCUCGUUCCUAGCAUUCAUCGAUGAACUUUGCUCAAAUAAGGAAUACACCCGCGCAGCUCUGAUUGCUUGUUUCCACUUUCGGAUUAAGCAGGCCAUCGACAUCCUUGGUCGUGGAGCAGAACAAUCAUCCGAUCCUAGCUCCCUGCUCCGAGUAGCGGCCAUAGCCCUGUCCGGAUUCAGUGCCGAACGUUCCGGCCUUUGGCGCAAGCAAUGCGGUGCUGCCCGAACGCAAAUCGAUGACCCGUACCUCCGGUGUAUGUUCUCCUUCCUGGCGCAUGAAAAAGACGGCUUCGAAACCGUAACCAACGAAACGGAGAUUUCCCUCUGCGAUCGGAUGGCUUUCGCUUGCAACUUUCUCUCGGAUCUCAAGCUUGCCGAGUACAUCAAAGGCAUGGUCGCCAACUGCAUCGAAUCGGGCGAUUUGAACGGGCUCCUACUGACCGGUGCCACCAACGAUGGCAUCAAGCUUCUGCAAAGCCACCUGGAUCGAACGGAGGACGUCCAGACUGUAGCGCUGAUUGCCGCUCGCUUCCUAACCUCGGAUCUGCUCACCGACUACCGCGUUCAGUACUGGAUCUCCACCUACCGGGACCUGCUCGAUAUCUGGGGCCUGUGGGAACAGCGUGCCCAGCUAGAUAUAACUCUGGGGCGAAUCCGUUCGCCGCCACAGAACUCGCGCUCCGUGUUCCUGCUGUGCAACUUUUGCGGUAAGAACGUCUCGAUGGCCCUGCAGGAGGAUGCCCGCCUUCGGAGCAAUGCGGCCGUUAUGCAUAAGCUGUCCUCGUGUCCGAACUGUCGGAAGCCGCUGCCACGGUGUGCGCUGUGUCUACUGCACAUGGGAACGACGAUGGGUGCCAUCUCGCAAGGGCAUGCCGCCCAGGGCCAGAUCGGCUGGCAAUCGAAGCCGUUCUCCAAGUGGUUCUCGUGGUGUCAGACCUGUCGACACGGUGGCCAUACUGAACAUCUGGCUGAGUGGUUCAACGAAAACACCGAGUGCCCGGUUACAUCGUGCAGCUGCAAGUGCUUCGCCAAAGAUCUCCCGAUGCCGCAGUUUCCACGCGAGAAAGACACCCUCUCCUGAUAUCAACUGGCGACGUCCUUCUAGAAGGGAACGGAAAAACUUAAUUAGCACACUCAAAG